UAAAGCUCUAAGGGGAGUGGGGAGAGUUGGUGUCUCUCCCAUGGACAGGGGAUCCUAGUGGGCCUGGCUUGAGAUGGGAGAAUGUUAUAGCAAGAACUCUGUGCUCCCAGAGUCUGAAACCGCAGAGAGAAGCAGCACGUCGCCAGCAAGUUCAGAGUCAGACACACAACAAAAAAGCCAAGUGCUGGGAAAGUCCCUGGACACUGGGCAGAUGCCGUUUAACUUGGCCCACCUCAGGUCCUUGGAGAUCUGCCUGGAGGAAGCAGAAGAAAAGGCUAGAGCUUUAUCCGAGCAGCUUGCAGUCUCUGAUGGAACAAAAUCAAAACUGCUUAGACAAGUGUCCUUGCUCGAGGAAAAACUAGAGACUAUGGUCCACAAGGAAGCCAGCGAGGAAGCGUAUGAAAAAAUGGUUCUGGUGAAAGACCAGUGUAUUGAGAAAUUACAAGCUGAAGUAAAAGCUUCCCAGGAGCAACUUAUAGCCCAUGCUGGGUACCUUCUCAUGGUUCCAGGCCGUAAGGCAAGAUUUCCAGGGAGAAGAGGAACCAGUGCCUCCUCAAUGCUGCUUAAGGAAUGCCCCGAAUCCAGAAACACACCAGCUUACAUGCUGAGAAUGAUGACCUGCCCAGCAGCUCUGUAUUGCAAGAAGGCAAUUCAGUUGCCAACUGACCAAUUUUGAUCUGCUGAUGGAAGUCCCGGGCAUUUCCUACACGCCAGUCCCCACGCCGCCCGCGCCCAGGCUGGCCAGGCUGCCGCCUCUGCGCAGAGCACGCGCCCGCCGCGGAGCACGCUCAGGGCGGACGGCCCGAGAGCCAGCCGCUGGGAGACCAAGGCUUCACACCUUAUGAAAUAGUCUUUACACCUAAAAGAGCCUACCUUCAAGGACGCUGUGAAGGUCGAAAGGCAUGCCUCACUUAGGAAAAUGAUUAGUGACUGUGGUUUUCCGAAACAUUAACAACAAUAUCAAAAACUUCUUUCUUAGCCACUAGAAAGGAAAGAGAAAAGGUGGAGAGAAUAAUAUAACCUUUAGUUUUGAUUGAGAAAGGUACCGGAAUUGCUCAAUGUCCCAUGAAAUCCAUCUGAGUGGAUCCUGUGCAGCGUGCCAGCUGGAGGAAACAGCAUUUAUAAAGCAACAAGCAACACUCAGUGAGGAAGCAGAGCCUGUGGAAUAAUGUGGAAAAUUUUUAUUUCUAAACUUCCAUUCUUAGUGCUUUUUCUCACUGGGGGUUUAUAUAAAUUAAACAGGUUUUACUUGAGUAUUUCCGAAACUCCCCACUUUUUCACCUUAAUGAAGCUCUUUCUGAACACUUUUUGCGUGGAAUUUCACAGAUUCAACUGCAUAGAUUUUGAAUAUCUUUAAAUUUAGACAUUGCCUCGUAGAUCAAGACGAACUCAGAGUCUAUGUUAAAAAUUCAAUCGCGAUCCUGGAGGAUGGGAGCCCUUUGGGUUCUGUAGGAAGCAGGUCACCUCGGGACACCUCUCCCUCCCUCCUGCUGCUGCACCGGGUGCUCGCUCUCUCUUGGAGAAGAGGGAAUGCAGAAAGCCACAGAGGUCCUCAUGAAGCAGCCUGUUCCUCACCACCUCUGUUAAGAUAAAUGAGACGGUGUUGGUGCCAAAUCUUUGAAGCCAAACAUACUUGUUUCCUGAGAAACAA